CAGACCUGCUCCAGCUGCUUCUCAGGGAGAGCAUCUGGGGAGUUUCUUGAUGACCACUGAGAAGAUGAGCUCAAAUUAUUGGAGUGAGACCAGCAGCAGAAGCUGUGGGACCCAGCAGCCCCCAGAAGUGCUGCAAUCCCAGCCCCGGUAUUACCACAACUACUAUCAGUCAAGCCAAGCCCAGCAGUCGCCAGAAAAAAAUGUAGUAUAUGAGCGAGUGAGAACCUACAGUGGGCCCAUAAACAAGGUGGUGCAGGCCUUGGACCCCAUCGACUCACAGGAAAUUCUCUCUCCUCUCAAAACUGCCUCCUCCUACCAAAAUUUGGUUUGGAGCGACCAUUCCCAGGAACUCCAUUCUCCAACAAUGAAAGACACUACAUACCCACAGGCCAUUAUUAGGAGAUACAUAGUACAAAAUCCUGAACAGGAACCACUGUCUCCAUUUCUGAGAGGAAGCCAUUUCUUCCCAGGAAACAAUGUUAUUUAUGAAAAGACAAUAAGAAAAGUGGAGAAGUUAAAUAUAGAUCAAGAAUGCCAUCCUCAGGUUCAAUCCCAUUAUCACAUUGUUCAACAACCCCAGAUCAUCCACUCUCCACAUUGUCAACCAUCCUAUGAUAGCCAGCAAAUCCAAACCAUCACAGGAAGUGAUUCAACUUCUACAAACACUGGAAAUGAACUGUUUCAUAGUAGAUUGAGCCAGGUUUAUGACCAGGUGGUAAUUCAGGAUGAUUGCCCUGAUAAAUUGGACCCCAAAUAUUUUGGAGAGUUGCUUGCUGAUCUAAGCCGUAAGAAUAUGGAUUUGUAUCAUUGCUUAUUAGAACAUUCGCAGAGAAUUGGAGGAAGCAAACAGGACUUUGAGUCUACUGAUGAGUCAGAAGACAUUGAAUCACUGAUUCCUAAAGGAUUGUCUGAGUUUACAAAACAGCUAAUUCGCUAUAUUCUGCAGAUGAGAAAUAUGUCUGAUAAGUCACUCCGGCUAGUGCUGUCCACAUUUAGCAACAUACGGGAGGAGCUUGGGCAUCUACAAAAUGACUUGACAUCACUGGAAAAUGACAAGAUAAGACUUGAGAAAGACUUAGCUUUCAAAGAAACACAAAUAAAAGAGUAUGAAGAACUCUUGGCAUCAGUGAGAGCAAAUAUUUUCCAGCAGCAGCAAGGACUUCAAGACUCAAGCUCAAAAUGCCAGACUCUGGAAGAAAACAAUCUCUCUCUUCGACAUACACUAUCAGACAUGGAAUAUAGACUAAAUGAAUUGAAAUGUUGUAAACAUAAUCUAGAGCAAGAGAAUAAAAAUCUUAGAAUGCAGGUUUCUGAGACUUGCACAGGCCCAAUGUUGCAGGCUAAAAUGGAUGAGAUUGGCAACCAUUACAUGGAGCUGCUAAAAAACUUGAGAAUGGAGAAAGAUAGAGAGAUCUGCAAGCUCAUGUCCCAAUUAAACCAGUACCAAAAAGAUGUUUCAAGAAAAGAAGGAAGUUGUAGUGACUUCCAAUUUAAGCUUCAUGAACUGACAGGCUUGCUGGAAGAGAAGGAUUCCCUUAUAAAGCGUCAGUCAGAGGAACUCUCAAAGUUGAGACAAGAAAUACAUUCAUCUCAUAAUCAACCCUCCAGUGGUGGAAGGACUACUAUUACUACUAAAAAAUACAGGACACAAUAUCCAAUCCUGGGCCUUCUGUGUGAUGACUAUGAAUAUAUACCACCAGGUAGUGACACACGGACUAUUGUCAUUGAGAAAACAGAAGACAAAUGGAGUUGUCCAUGAAUGAAUUCACUUUAAAGUAUACAACUCAAAGGAGGAUUUUUUGUGUCUGCAUUAAUAUUUUGUUAUUUUUCCAUCACCAAAUGCCAAUCAAAAUUUGAACCAUGCUACUUCUCAACAAAUCUAAUGAAUUAGUUCUGCAGAUGACUGUUUCUCCAGCCAUUUAUGAGACCUGAAUCCUUUCUAUAACAUCUGUGUAUUCAAUAUAACAACAUAUAAACUAAGAGAGGGUCAUGCUUGUUUAAACUUUGAUUACAGAUACUGUAGAACAUAACCUGUUAUUUUUCACAUCAGCUGUUUCCUGGAUACUAAAUUAAUUCAUUAGGGUAGAGAUUUUACAAUUUAUUUCAUUAGGAUAUUUUCUCUGAUAUUAGAUGUGCAGUUCAGUUUUUUUUUUUUUUUAAGAAAAAGACAACUGAAUUAAAAAAUAGUUUAGCACAUGAUAGAUACAUUGUCUAUAUUUGCUUUUCUCAUAUUAACACUUAUGACUAAAAGAAAUGCUUUAUUACAUGCUAUUUAUACCUUUUGGAAACAUGACUAAAUCAAAGGUGAUGGUUAAUUUCAUUUAGCAAGGAAGUGAGAUAAAUCUUUUUAAGCAACUACAUCUACUGAAUUGUAUAUUAUGUUAUUCUGGUUCUAACUACAUUAUGUUCUGUCAAGGCAUAUCCUCCCGAAAUGAGCCCAACCACUUCCUUAAAAACAUAAUGCUAUAUGGUAGUAGUGAGUAGAAGGAAUAUAGGAUUUAUCAUAGUGGUAUACAAAUAUAAUAUUGAAAUAUUACAUAGAUAUAAAGGCUUGGGAAUAAAAAUUGCAACAACAAAUAUUUGAUAGCUGUAUCCUACUUGGGAGAAAUAUUUUGUAGUAGAGUAUCUAAUGUACUUAGAAACUUGUUAAUUAACUGGGCUCUAAUAACCUUAAAAAGUGAGUAUAAAUAUCUUUUAAAUAAAUUGCAAGAAUGAAAUGUCUUAAUUUCCACCUGUCUGGUUAAAGUGAAUAAUUAGUAAAUAUUAAAAUUCUGUCUUUGUAAAAGAAUGUAGAUUAAGGCAACAAAUAUAUUUGGGUUAUAUGUGAGUGAAGUUUUGCAGAAAUAUCUCUGCAAAUAUCCAUAUAAAAUUCUAUUAUGCUUUAUAAUUAUAUUCUAACAAUUAUCUAUUAUAGUAAGAAACUUAAGAAUAGAUGAGGCACUAUACUAAAUCAAAGCAUAAAUGAGAAAAUGCUCUUAGUAUUCUUUUAUAGAAAUAUUCAAAUAUGUCUUGAUAUGAAGCUAAAUAUCUUAUAUUAAUACUUUGGCUAAAAUGUUAAGCUCUGUAACAUAAUUUGAUAUAAUUCUAUCAAUAUUGUCAUAAAAAUUUUAGUAUUCAUCUAUAAGCUAUCUAGUCUUUACAAUUUUUCCUUGGCACAGAACAACAUAGCAGUUUCUCCUCUGCUAACUAAUAUAUGUAAAUGUAACAAAGUGUACUGUUACCCACAUAUUACAAAUGAUAUAAGGGGAAGUUUUUAUUAACAAUAGAAAAGUGCCAUCAAUCUGAACAAGAGAAUAGGUGUGAUUUUUCCAAAAUAUUAAAAAAAUGACCAUGUCCAAAAUUUGGGGGCAGUUGCAAAGUCAGCACUUUAUUGGCCCACUUGAUCCAUGAAUAGUAAGUGGGGUCAUAAUAAGGUCCUUAUCGUACUUAACAAUUUUUAAAAUUCUAAUAUAAAUUUUAAUGAUAUAGAGAUGUUCUCUGUAUUUAAAUGAUCAUUUAAAUAUUUAUUCCUUUUCCAAUUUGUGAUUAAGAUCAAGAGAAAUAGUAGUAAUACAUUUUCCUCUCAUAAGUUUCACUCAGCUUAUCUAUGAAUACUACAGAUUUCAGGUGAGAAAUGCUUAUUUAUGUAAUUUCUAUUCCAGUAUAUUGUUUGCUGUAGGUUUGUCGAAUAAAAUAGAGACUGUGCAAUGACAUGCAGAGUAAUUUGUUUAUGUGUCUAAGUGAAAUAUGUUAAUUAUCUGUUACGUGUUUUGUGAAAGUCCAAGUAGGAAAUGUACAGGAAGGACUUUUAGCUUAGUUGUAUAUUUAUAUCAGGAUAUUAUGAUUGCUCUCAUUGAAAACAGAACAAAACAACUUCCUGAUGUGGACUAUUUUAACUUAGUUCGAGCUCCAGUUGAUGCAGGGUUUUGCUUUAAAUUAGAACCUCUUUGAUUACAAACUUAGUUUUCUAAGUUUCAUAACACACUUGUGACAAAUGUCAUUUCAUAUAGCAUUCAUCCUAUUCUUAUAAUGAUGCAUUCAUUAACUGUAUUACUUUUUCUUAACAUGGACAGUAGAAAAGGAACAUAAUAAGGCUUUAGAAAAUUUGACUUCACUACCCAAAUCACCUUAACAAAAAGCCUUCCUCAUACCAUUUUCCCAUUAUUUUCAUCUACAAAGACGACAUGUUUCUUUUAAAAAUAAUUCUCUUGAAAGUAAAUAUGAUGUGAAAAUAUUUCCUCACAAGGUACAUUUCCCCCACCACUAAUAAAUUUAGUGGAUUUUCCUAGUACUUUUUUGUCUGAUUGAAAAAAAUAAGUAUUUCAUGUUCAUGCUAGUAUAAACAGUAAAUAGCAAAUAUUUAAAUGAAUGUAAUUAACAAUAGCAUCUUUCUUAAUAAAAAAUUUAGUAUUUAGUCCAGAAUAAAAACACACCUCUUUUUAAGUCUAUAAAGGAAUACUGGAAUUGUUACGUAACAUAAUUAGAUGAUAGGUAUUCUUGGUAAUCUUGGAUUAGUCUCUUACAAUGAGAUGUUUAUAUUCAUUA